AUGAAAAAUAAUUAGCUUGAUGUUGAGUUAUCUAUGUGUAAAAUUUAAUAUUUUGCAGAUCAAAAAGAAUUCUUAAAGUUGAAGGGAAGUUUUAGGAAUAUCCCACCAAAUAGUAAAAGGGAAUAAUUUUUAAUAUAGGUAGAAUAUUUUAUCAUUAACAGAUUUAAAUCUAAGAAAUAGGAAAAAGCAGCAAUAGAUUCAAUUUUAAUGAUACAAAUAAAUAGUGGAUUCAAGCUAAAAAAAAAAAAACAAAAAACGAUCCAUACAAUAACAAUUAAAAUUAAGUGUAAAGGCUCAUCGUAACAUGGGAAAUUCCUAUAGACCAUAAUUUUUUUUCAUGCCAUUUUACAAGAUAGAACCUUGAGUUUUCGAAUAAAAUAACAUUAUUAUUAAAAUAGAAAGUUAGUGAAGAAAUUAAAAUGAACUCCUAUGAAAUCGAAAUGAAAAAAAUUUAUUUUGCAUAGAAAAACAUUGCAGAUAAUAUAUAUAAUUAGAAUAUUGAACAUUAUUUAACUUUGGAGAGACCAAAAAAAAUUCCAAUUAAAAUAUGCUUUUUCUAAACUCUGUUUAAGUAGAAUUAAUCAAUCGAAUUUAGAUUAGAAGGAAAUUUUUCUGGUUCUCCACUCCCAUAAUUUACAGCAAUUUUAACUUAAAAAAUUCUUUUCAAAGGUAUAAAUUUAGGAGAAACUACCUUAAUUUAAAAUUUUAAGGUUGACCGGAAAAAAAAUGAUGAGAGAAAUAAUUUCAUAAUCUGUUUUUAAGAAAAAAUCCCUAAUGAUAAUCAAAUUGCACCUUUAUUUUUAGGAUCACAGAUUUAAUGCUAUCAUCUAAUUAUGAUUCAGAUUACAUUUUAAAAAACAAGUUGCUUAGAUUGGAACCAAAGAGUUUUUUAUAUUAAGAUACCAAUAGAAAUAAUAACUUAAGAUCAAGAAGUUCCUAUACAGUAAGAAAAUUAAAAUGAUUACAUAGAAUAAUUUAAUAUAAAAGAUCAACAAAAAGAAAAAUAAAUUGUAUUAGAAGGGGGGAAAAUUAAAGGAUUUUUUUACCCUCAAUAUACAGAUUGCUACAGAAAAUAUCUAAAAGUUGAAAUAGUCAAAAACAAUUGA